UUUUUUCUGUUGUCCCUCCUAUAUGGCUAGAACUUGUCCUUAACCAAUUCUCAAUAAAUUCUACUCAGCUGCAUGCCUAUAAAUCUCCUUCCUCUUCCCAUGACUUCUCUUUACAUCUGAUACAGUCUCUUUCUUUUCUGGCUUUUCUCUUGUUUGAUAAUUGAUAUGCCACUUCUAAUCUUUGGUAGUAUUGUAGUUAAAAACCAUUGGCAAGGACAUAACAUAUUAACAUUAGAGUGCAAGAAUCCAAAGAUCAUGCAGGGCUUCAAUCUGAAGGAGAAUAAGAUCAUGAGAAAGAUAUUCAGCAGUGAUAACUUCAAAGGAGAAAAUCAGAAUUCGUCAGAGGCCAAAAAGGAAAGUCCUAGUUUGAAUCAAGCAUCGGCAAGAUGCUUCUAUCAUCAAACCAAAAAGAUCUUUGUUGGUUCCUGGAACAUUGGAGGCAUUACACCACCCAAGAACUUGGACAUGGAAGACUGGCUUGACACACAAAAUAAUUCAGCAGAUAUAUAUGUUCUGGGGUUCCAAGAAAUUGUACCACUAAAUGCAGCAAAUGUACUAGGUCCCCAAAACAGAAAAGUUUCUAUGAAAUGGAAUUCUCUAAUUGGGGCAGCCCUUAACAAUAGAACACCAACAAAGGUUGUUGAAGAAAAUAAAACAGCUGAACCUCAGAAGAUAUAUCCUUUGAAGGAGCACAUUUAUGCAGAGGGAGAACAUGGACAAGAUUUUCAGUGCAUCAUAAGCAGGCAAAUGGUGGGAAUGUUCAUCACCAUUUGGGUUCGAUGUGACCUCUAUCAAACGAUCAGGCACUUGAGUAUCUUGUCUGUUGGCUGUGGAAUCAUGGGUUGCUUAGGAAACAAGGGUUCAAUAUCAAUUAGAUUUUACUUGCAUGAAACAAGCUUUUGCUUUAUAUGUAGUCAUCUAGCAUCUGGUGGGAAAGAAGUAGACCGAAGACAUAGAAACGUAAAUGCAGCUCAUAUUUUGUCCAGGACAAUUUUCCCUUCUGGUCCUCUGCAUGAUAUGCCUCAAAAAAUUAUUGAUCAUGACCGAGUAGUCUGGCUAGGCGACUUGAACUACCGAAUCUAUAUGCCAGACUCUACAACAAAAUCAUUGAUCAAGAGAGGAGAGUGGGAAACCUUGUUGAAACAUGAUCAGCUCAAGAUGGAGCUCACAGAGGGACAUGUAUUCCAAGGUUGGCAUGAAGGAGCUAUAGAGUUUCCACCUACAUACAAAUACCGUCUGAAUUCUGUAGACUACCUAGGCUGUGAUCAGCAGCAUGUGAGCAGAAAGCGGCGCUCCCCAGCAUGGUGCGAUAGAAUAAUAUGGUUUGGGAAGGGAAUGAAGCAAAUCCAAUACAACAGGAGCGAGUCAAAACUUUCUGAUCAUAGGCCUGUACGAGCAAUGUUCACAGCUGAUAUCAGGGUUGCAGGGACUUGUAAAUGAUUAAAAAAGUUACAAAGGCAAUUUGUCCAAGAAAUUUUGGUUUUAAUGGACUAAAUUUAGUCAUGGACCAAAACCAGACACAGACACCGGACACCUAACCAAACUUAGUCCUGGGCUAAACCAAGCAUCGGUCCACCAGUCAAACUUAGCCAUGUGACCAUUUCUCAGAUGAGAAGUUUUAGGAUCCUAGGAAGACAUUAGACAUGCAUGUAGUAGCUGAAUUCUUUGCCCAUCAGGAUAAGCAUUUGGAAUUUAUUUCUUGCCUAGAGAAAACAUAGGAAGCCUGACAAAGAGUUGCUCUCCAUAUUUUUUGGAGGGAGAAAAGGGGGGGACAUGGUGAUGCAAAUCGUAGAAAUAUGGCAUGUUUGUACUAUAAACUCGUAUAAGAAACUGGUAUUAUGACUUCAAAUUCAGUAUUCCUAUGUUAUGAUA